UCCGGAGCAGUUGCUGGGCCAGCUGGAAGGUCUGCUUAAUUGGUACCAGCCUCUUCUCCGCUCCCAUGGCGCCGGACCGGAUCGAGGCGAAGCCGUCCGCGCUUGACGACAGCCAGAGACUGACCACCAUCCGCGUCUCAGCAGACGACCCCAACUCCGGUCAGUCAGCAGCAGACAGCCGACAGCUCGGUUACCGCCAGAGCCUUCAAAUACCUCCCGCGAGAAAAGGAAACACCGCGAGACAACCGCGAGAGCAGGGCCGCCUCCUGGCUUCGCGCGUGCGCAGAGGACCGAGCCGGCCUUCUUCCGGUUGCAGGUCAAGGAUGCAUUCCAAGAAAGCUCUAAAGAUAUAUCACCAGCUCCAACCAUAUAGUUGACCUAGCCAUGAAAAACCUCAUUGGACCCUUACUAGAUCAAAGUGUAAUUUGCCAUCUUAAAAAAUAUGCUUCCCAUCAGAAAGUAUCAGGAAUAAAAAUCUGAGAUAUAUACCCACCACUUCAAGGAAGUUCCAGUGUCAGCCAGCAGUUUAGCAGAUCAGCUAGUUUCUUUGAUCAUCAAGCAGAUGUAGUCAAGCUACCAACACAACAGAAGGAAAUGUCUCUGUAUCAGUAUUUUCCAUGCUAUGUGUGGGACCCAUUUGGUAGGUCAUGAAAUCAAUUUUGUGAGUCAUGAUGAACAUUUUUAAAAACAAAAUAAAAUUUGAAAUAUCA